AUGUUCUUCCUAGGCAAUCUCGUCUACGUCCUCUGCCUCUUCACAAACGCCCUCGCCAUCCUCUCCGACGACCGCUUCCUCGCGCGCAUCGGCCUAUCACCGACCACCUUUGAUCCUGCAUUUGGCCCCGGCGCCGACUCAAACAGCGUCAAGGCGAAACUCGUUGCUCUGAUUGCUAGUGUGCGCAUGGUUAUGAGACCGCCACUGAUUAUAGUCAAUACGCUCAUCAUCCUGUACGAGCUGGUCCUAGGCUAG